UUUCUUCGUGUUGCAGAAUUUCUCUCUCCUUAAAAAAGUUCGCGCCUUCACUCUUCCCUCUUCUGCGAGCGCGUGAGGGAACUUUCGGGAUUCUCGUCGGCUCUGACCCGGCUGAAGACCAGCGGGAGGCCGCUCCUCUCUUCCCGGUUCCUCCUGACGUCGCUCCCGGCUGCUCCCUCCCCCCCAUCCCGGCUCCUCCUCCGUCUGUCUCCUCGGUUCCCGGAGAAGAAGAAAAAAACUUUUCUAGACUUCCUGGAGGUUUUCCGUCCUGUCCAGGCUGGGAGACGGGUGGAGGGGGGGGCGGUGGUCUCCGUGGAAGCCCAGAGAUGAACCGGUGACUGAUGAGCGAGCAGGCGGACUCACCGGUGACCCCGUUACCCGGCCCGGAGCCGAGUGCCUGUCCGGACUCCUGGGGGAAGAGCGCGACGUCUGAAGUGGAGCAUGGAGGUGAGAGGAGGCAGAGGAGGCGUGGACGGGCCCCUGCGGAGCUGCGGCUCCUGCUGGACCCAGAGCCAGAGCCUACAGAGGUCAGGAAGAAGCCGGCCAGCAUGAUGAGGCCCAAACCCACAGAGCAGCUUUCGCCGAUGUUAACUUUAAGCGACUUUGAAGCAAAGUUUGACAGAAAGAAACCACAACCCAACCAGUUAUCAAAGGCAAACUCCCAAUACCACAAGAUCUUCAAGGAAGUCGGCAGGGAAGAGCCGCUCAAACAGAGUUACACCUGCGCCCUGCAGAGAGACAUCCUAUACCAGGGGAAGAUGUUCGUCUCUGAUAACUGGAUCUGCUUCCACUCCAAAGUUUUCGGCAGAGAUACGAAGAUCUCCAUCCCGGUGACGUCGGUGAUGUUCAUCAGGAAGACCAAAACGGCAUUAUUGGUGCCAAACGCUCUCGUGAUCGGAACCGGCGGUACUCAACACGUCUUUGUGUCCUUCCUUUCCCGAAACACCACGUUCAAACUUCUAAAGUCCAUCUGCCUGCACUUAGAGAUGGAUAAGACAGGCAGCAGCCCUGUGACUUCCUCCUGUGAAAACAGCUUCAGAGGCAGCUGCGUGUCGCCGCUUCCUCUGGACUUCUCGGACGACUUCCCUGACCUUGAUGGAGUUCUGCAAAAACGACGGCAGAACCUGACGGAGAGCAGCAGCUCCGGAUCCCAGACUCCAGAUUAUGAGAAAAUGAGAGACUUUACAGGCCUCCCGGAGCCGUUUCUGAACACAGAAGUUUCAGUUCACGCUGACAUUCACCUCCAGACACCGAGCCAAAAGCACAGAGCCGCCCUCAAAAACGGCUCUUCACAUGGAUCCACUCUGAAAGGAAAAGCCUCCCAGACAAAGUCCUUUCACAUCCUCCUUGUCAUCUACCUGUUUUUAGUCAGCGUCCUGUUCCUGUCCUCCUGCUAUAUGGGAUUCAAAAUUGUGGCUCUCGAGCAACGUCUGAACUCCCUGCUGUCGAUGGACCACCACAUUCACAGCGAAAAUCCUGAGAGUCGAAAGUCCCAAGAUGAAGUGAACGCUGAGAUCUAUGGGGAGCUCUCAACCAACCUUUUCAAGCUAGACAAGAUUCAAAGAAACCUCCGGAAGCUCCUCGACGAGACUUAAAAAAAAACGGAUAUACCGGAGCAGCGAACUUGGUUGCCAAAAGUCUUUUUGCAUAAAUGCUUUGUAAAUGCUUUUUUUAAAAUCUGAUUUCAAAACAAAACUAGAUUAGACUACUAACUUGAUUUUCGUCAUCAUCCAAAGCUUUAGAGUUUAUUUUAAAUGUUUUAUUUUUAAAGAAGUGAAAUAGAUGUGUAGAUCCCUCCUUUGGCCUUGUUUGCACAGCAGGCGAGGUUUUGCUUUUGUUGUGCAAUCUGCUAAUUUAAAAUAAUGUGCCUUUAGUAAAUAAAGGUGCUCUAGUCCGAAAAGAAAGAAAGUUUUAUAUUUCUAUAUAUGCUGUAAACAUGUGUGCUAGAAAAGCAUAGUAACCGUAAAAACACAUUUCUGAAAAUAUUCAUGGAUUGACUAUUAUAUAUGUAUUUAAAUAUGCCGUGUGUGAGACUGCUGUAGAUUUGGAUCGGGGCUGUUCGUACCUUCUGCUGUGAUUGUUUUAGAGUUUAUUAAGUAAAUUACUCUUGUAAUAUCUGCUGAACUUUGCUUCCUCUGCAUUCUUCUUUAUCGAGGCAGCAGGUUAUAUAAGACCGAGCACUCAGUCUUGUGACACGGCAGCAGGCCACAAACAAAUGAAUGCAAAGAGAAGUGGUGUAAGACGAUAGGAGGAUUAUUUGGAUGAACACCUGCAGGUGGUUUGCUACCAUUGACUGUGUGUAAGAAAAACCUAUAAUGAUCACAAGGCUCAAAAAGAUACAAAGACAACGUAUUCAAACUCCAGUUCAUACCCAAUAAAACAACUUUAAAAAUGUACUUUACAUUAUAAAACUCUAAAAUUGAUUUUAAAAACAGAAUUUUUUUGUAAGUAAGUUAGAACUUUAUUUUUAAUGGUGUUUUCAGACAACGGACAAUUAUAAAUUCAAAUGAAUUUGACCUUUUAGUUGAACAAUUUGCAUGUUUUUGUCAGUGUGCAUCAGUUUUUCCUGCAUACUCUUCCAAAACAUGUUGGUUGAUGUUUGUGGACAUGUUCAGACUCAAUUUCAGAACAUGUUUUACAUAAAUACAAAACCUUUUUUUUUAAAUGAAAUAUAACCUUAAAUACAGUUAAGUACAAAUGCAGUACAGUUUGGAGGUCUUGAGAUGUUUCUUUGAGCAACAGGAAAGCAGUACCACAACUUCCCUUUGAACCAUGACUUUAAACUUCUAUUCCCUCUAGCCAGUCAACUGUCAUGUUCUUUUGAUGUUUUUUUUAGUAUCAUUUAAGUUUUUUGUUGUUUGUUGUCACUGGGAGAAAAUGGAACUUGAUUAAUUUUAAGAACUUUUUUUUUCAAAAGCAGAAAUAAAAGAGCAGUAAAAUAUAGAAGAUAAACACAGAUGACCCAAAAGUACACAAGGCUGAUGUUAAAUUUGACCCAAAAAAAUCAAUAAAAAUAUUAAAUUUUAUAAAAUAAAAUGUUUAUACAAAUAUGGAUUUAUUAAAAAAACAACAAUAGAAGAAUUUUAUUCUUUAAAAACACAACAGUUAAACAUGGUGGUGGUAGUGUGAUGAUGUUAAUCAAUUGGCUAGAAGACAUUCAUAAGAUAGAAUCUAACUUUAAGCUAAUGAACUCAAAAGUACUUUAAAACUGUUCUGUAAGGACAAAUUAAAAAAUAUCUGUAAAACCUGAUGGUAUGUUUAAUGUUACAGUUAAAAUAAAUACAUUCUUAUCAUAAUUUACUAGUUUUUCCAAGUUGUGACUUUUUGUAUUUUUAUGGUAAGCGCUUACCAUUUUUUAAAAUAGAGGUUUAGGUAUCCUUAUAUUAUAAAUAAUCAAGACUUAAUUAAAUCACAGAGGACUAAACUGAAAUCAGAUGCCAGAUCAUAUAGUUUUCUUUGGUUAGUCUAAUAUAUUUAUUAAAUAUCUUCACACCAAAAGUUACUUUUAAAGAUGCGCUCUGAUGAAAAUCAUGUUGUUGUUGCAUUGUUAUGAUGGUAAAUUAAACAAAUUUAAGC